UGUUCUCCACAUUGGAUUUAAGAACAUCUGGUGUAUGUUGUUCACAGUGGUGGUAAAGGAGCAUCAGAUUUUGCUGUAAAAGCCUUAAUAAGCUCAAUAGCUUCUGCAGCAGACCACACCCCUGUAAUCCGCCAUCCUUGUUUUGGUUCAAUAUGCACAUGCCGGCAGGUGGCGCUGUGCUUUCCAGACGAUGGCUCUCUCCUGGAGUCUCCUCCUGGCGUUCCUCUCGGCCUCCCUGGUCAUCUCACACAGCUCUGAACCCGGACCUCCUCACAGUAAGAGGAGAGCAGCUCAGACCUCAGCAGGAGGCGGCAACACCCUUCAGCACCCACUGCACCCUCUGCAGGGACACCGCUACAGCAGGGACCGCGGAGGGCAUGGGGGUCAGGGAGCCCGAGCCACUAAAGGAGGAGCUGGGCUGCUCUCUCAUAGACCCCCUCAUCCUCUGGCCAGGCCGGAGGAUGACGGGAUGGGUCUGGAGAGUCUGAGCCCAGUGAGGCUGGAGAUGGGCCCGAGCAGGGACAGAGACAGAGUUCGGAUGAGUCUGAAGAGUCAGACACAGACUCGGGAAAAUGACCUGCUGGGCACACGUAAAGGAAGAGGAAAUGGACAUGGGAAUGGACACGGACACCACUAUGAACACAGGAGACAAGGCAGCCGGCGUGAGAAGGGACGGCAUGGAAAAGGCUUCCUUCCUGAGCCUGAGCUGAGUUCUGCGUUCAGGGACAGGGAUCUGUUUGAUGAUCCUCCCUCCUCCUCUUCUUCUGCCGACUCCCUCUCCCUCAUCGUGACCCCGCCCAGCGAAUACCCCUCCCCCAUCGCCGCCGUCUUUGGCUCCGGCUCCUCCAUGGUAACCACGGUGAUGAACGAGCAUCCCCCAACGCUGCCCCCGGCCUCCACCAAACCCCAGAGGUCUGGACGAGGAAAAGGACAAGGAGAGGUGAUGCCAACGUUGGACAUGGCGCUCUUUGAUUGGACAGACUACGAGGACAUGAAGCCUGCAGACACCUGGCCGUCAUCCAGGAAGAAAGAUAAGAGACGGAGUAAGAACCUCAGCAAUGGAAAUGUGACUGUGGAUGCCGAUGCCAUCGAGCCGUGUGACCAUCACCUGGACUGUCUGCCAGGUUCUUGUUGUGACCUGAGACAACAUGAGUGUAAACCUCACAACAGAGGCCUCAACAACAAAUGUUACGAUGACUGCAUGUGUGAGGAAGGGUUGCGAUGCUACGCCAAAUUCCAUCGGAAGCGGCGCGUAACCAGGCGGAGGGGUCGCUGCGUGGUGCCAGAGUCAGUCAGCAGUGAUCAGGGAGGCUUCAUCACUAUCUGAGGAAGAGGAGGAGAAGGAGGAACAGGAAAAACAAACCCCUGACAAAGUAAAUAGUACAGCCAAGGCUUCAUGUGACUCCUGCUGAAGGUUAUGACCUGAAUUUUAAAGCAUUGAUGUCAUUAUUCAGAUAGACAUUUGACAUGAAUGGAUAGACCUCCAGUCCAUGAAACCAUAAUCUCUAAGUUCAAUUAAUCAGUUUUAAAUCUUUUUUUACUUGAGCAUCAAAUACAGCACAUUACCAUGUUUUUAGACAGAAACAUAAAGGGGUAUUUUCAAUUGCCAUGAGUUACUAAAAAGCCACUAAAAGAGGAAACUUGUCAGAUUUUGCUCAAGUGUUCAAGUUUUCUUACAUCCGAUUGUCUCUGUCCUUUUUUGAGUCAAACAAUGUUUACAGUCAUCUUUAGGAGAAUGUUUCUGUUCUUGGAUCCCCAAAAGGGACAUUUGAUUGCUUCAGGAUCUUUUUUUAAGGAAGCUUAAAGAGGAACAAUAAAUUUGCUCUCUGUAAACUUGAUUUUAAAUUUGAUUUGAGGCCAGUCUGCUUUUGUAAAUGUCAGUGUUACUGAUCUUACUUUUUGUCUCUGCUUCUCCUCAAAUGUACUUUAAGAGUAGAAUGAUAAAGAUGCUUGUUGACA